AUGGCUUCUUUACACCCGGCGCCAAACAUGGCGCCAGGCAAUGCGAGCCUGCCGCCAAACCUCACACAACAAAAUGUUCAAGAGAUACUUCAAAAAUACAAGCAGAUGCAAGAGCAAGGUGUCCGCCCUGAUGACCCAGAGUUCCUCAACGCACAUAACCUGCUCACUGCCAUACAACGGCAGCAGGCUUUUGCGAAGCAGCAGCGCAUGGCUCAGCAGCAGGCGCAACAGCAACGUCAGCCUCAACAAAUGAACGGCUCCACCACUGAUGCUGUUGCUACCAAUGGUGCUCAUGGUCGCACCGCCUCGACUUCUUCAACAACCGCCCCAAAUGCUCCCACCGUGGCUGGACAGACUGGGAAGAAUGCGGCGGUCGGCAGCGGCAGCUUCUCACCAGAACAACUGGCUACCCUUCGGAACCAGAUUUUAGCCUUCAAGAUGUUGUCCAAAAAUCUUGCCAUCCCUCCUCGUGUCCAAGAACAGCUUUUCCACAAGAAGUCGCAAAAACCAACGCCCGCAGAUACAGUCGCCGCAUCUGAAAAGAUCAUUGACGCUGCCAAUGAAGGCUCGUCUGGUAGCCAGGCUCCGGAAUCCACAAAUGCCGAAGUCAUGACUAGGGAAUGGUACGACAACUUCCAGUCACCUUACGACGCGCUGUCCAGUACCAUCAGCUACACCGAUCACGCCAAACGCGCCGAUCGCCUGCGCAUUCCAGCACUAUUGCCCCCUGGGAUUGACUUGGAGCAGAUUCGCGAGGAUCGUGAGACUGCAGUGUACAAUAAAAUUUCUGCUCGAAAACAGGAGCUUGCUGCCCUGCCCGCCAACCUCGGCGUGUGGGACACCAGCAAAAGUGAUACACCCACAUACGACGAUUCUCUCAAGAUGAAGGCCUUGAUCGAGUGGAAAAAAUUGAAUUUGUUGCCGAAGCAGCGAGCGUACCGCAAACACAUUCUGGGCGAGAUGUUCCAUUACGGCAACCUUGGGAUGUCCGCCAACCGAUCGAGCCAUCGUCGCAUGAAGAAACAGUCCCUGCGUGAGGCUCGCAUCACCGAGAAGCUCGAGAAGCAACAACGUGAUGCUCGUGAAUCUCGCGAGAAGAAGAAGCAAUUCGAUCAGAUCCAGGCUAUUCUCAACCACAGCGCGGACCUUGUCAAUGCCUCCGGCCAGCAGCGCGCCCGUUCCCAGAAGCUGGGUCGCAUGAUGAUUUCGCAUCACCAGCACAUGGAACGUGAAGAGCAGAGACGCGUAGAGCGGACUGCAAAGCAACGUCUUCAGGCUUUGAAGGCCAACGACGAGGAGACCUACCUGAAGCUUCUGGGACAAGCGAAGGACUCCCGUAUUUCACAUCUUCUAAAGCAGACCGACAACUUCUUGAAGCAACUUGCCGCUUCCGUCAAGGAACAGCAGCGUAACCUGGCAAACCGUUACGGCGAGGCGCCCGAGCCGGAAGACGAAUCUGAUGAGGAGAUUGCUGAUAGCGAAAACGAGGGAGAUGACACUACUGCCACUGGAAAGAAGAAGGUAGAUUACUACGCUGUUGCUCAUCGUAUCCAGGAAGAGGUCACCACACAGCCCACAAUGCUCAAGGGAGGCACUCUUAAGGAGUACCAGAUAAAGGGUCUGCAAUGGAUGAUUUCGUUGUACAACAACAACCUGAACGGUAUCUUGGCAGACGAGAUGGGUCUCGGAAAGACCAUCCAAACAAUCAGUUUGAUUACCCAUAUUAUCGAAAAGAAGAAGAACAACGGGCCGUUUUUGGUCAUUGUGCCACUUUCUACCCUCACCAAUUGGAAUAACGAAUUUGACAAGUGGGCGCCCGACGUGAGCAAGGUUGUCUACAAGGGCCCACCCAACGCACGAAAACAGCAGCAGCAACAGAUCCGUUGGGGUCAAUUCCAAGUUCUUCUCACGACCUACGAGUAUAUCAUUAAGGAUCGUCCAGUUCUAAGCAAGAUCAAGUGGACACACAUGAUUGUUGACGAAGGUCACCGCAUGAAGAACACCCAAUCCAAGCUCAGUAGCACUCUAUCAACCUACUACAUCACCCGAUACCGUAUCAUUUUGACCGGUACUCCUCUGCAAAACAACCUGCCAGAACUUUGGGCUCUUCUCAAUUUCGUGCUUCCAAACAUCUUCAAGUCCGUCAAGUCGUUUGAUGAAUGGUUUAACACACCUUUUGCGAACACUGGUGGCCAGGAUCGUAUGGACUUGAGCGAAGAAGAGCAAUUGCUCGUCAUUCGCCGUCUUCAUAAGGUUCUUCGUCCCUUUUUGCUCCGUCGUCUGAAGAAAGAUGUCGAGAAAGAUCUUCCCGAUAAGCAGGAACGUGUUAUCAAGUGCCGAUUCUCUGCCUUGCAGACCAAGCUGUACAAGCAACUUGUCACCCACAACAAGAUGGCUGUCAGUGACGGCAAGGGUGGUAAGACUGGUAUGCGUGGUCUCAGCAACAUGCUCAUGCAGCUGCGAAAGCUCUGCAACCAUCCAUUUGUUUUCGAGCCCGUUGAGGACCAGAUGAACCCCACUCGCAUGUCCAACGAUCUCCUUUGGCGAACCGCUGGAAAGUUCGAACUGCUUGAUCGAAUCUUGCCCAAAUUCCGUGCCACCGGCCACAGAGUCCUGAUGUUCUUCCAGAUGACCCAAAUUAUGAAUAUCAUGGAAGACUUCCUUCGUCUCCGAGGUAUGAAAUAUCUGCGUCUUGACGGCUCUACCAAAUCCGAUGAUCGAUCCGAUCUCUUGCGGCAAUUCAACGAACCUGGCUCCGAGUAUUUCUGUUUCUUACUUUCCACUCGCGCUGGUGGUCUUGGUCUGAACUUGCAGACUGCAGACACCGUCAUUAUCUACGAUUCUGAUUGGAAUCCUCACCAAGAUUUGCAGGCGCAGGAUCGUGCUCAUCGUAUCGGUCAGAAAAAUGAAGUGCGUAUUCUCCGAUUGAUCAGUUCAAACUCAGUCGAAGAGAAGAUCCUCGAACGUGCUCAGUUCAAGCUGGACAUGGAUGGCAAGGUUAUCCAAGCAGGAAAGUUCGACAACAAGUCCACCAAUGAAGAGAGAGAUGCACUUCUGCGGACUCUCUUGGAUACUGCAGAGGCUGCGGAUCAUAUUGGUGAUCACGACGAAAUGGAUGAUGACGAACUUAACGAAAUCAUGGCCCGUGGCGAAGAAGAAAUUCCUAUUUUCCAGGAGAUCGACAGGCAACGGAUUGCUACCGAUUCAUAUGGCCCCGGUCACCGCUACCCUCGACUUAUGUGUGAACAAGAGCUGCCUGAAAUCUACAUGCAGGAGGACAACCCUGUGACCGAGGAAGUCGAAAUUGAGGUUACUGGUCGUGGUGCUCGUGAGCGCAAGAUCACCAAGUACGAUGAUGGACUUACUGAAGAGCAGUGGCUGAUGGCGGUGGACGCCGAUGACGACACCAUCGAAGAAGCCAUUGCGCGCAAGGAAGCUCGUGUUGAGCGUCGCAAGUCUAACAAAGCUGGGCGUGAAGGCGAGGACUCUUCACCCGAGCCAUCUAUCAUUGAAGACGAAGAUGAGACCCCUCAAAAACAGAAGCGUCGUCGUGGCCCUCCUCCUAAGCGCAAGGCCGAGGAAGUUGUGGAGGAAACCCCGCAACCAAAGCGCAAGAGAGGUCGCCAGCCCAAGGUUCCGGAUACCCUCAAUCCCACUGAUCGUGCCAAUUUGAAUCGCAUUUGUGAUACUGUAAUUCAGUCAUUGAUGGACAUGGAGGCCGAGGUACCGCCCGAGGGUUCUGAUAGCGAAGAGGGUCCUAUGGUCCGUGCAAUCAUCGACCCAUUCAUGAAGCCUCCGCCACGUUCCUACUACCCCGACUAUUAUAUGAUCAUUCAAAAUCCUAUCGCCAUAGAAACCAUCCAAAAGAAGAUCAAGCGUGGCGACUAUCAGAGCUUGAAGGCGUUCCGCGAUGACAUCCAUUUGCUUUGCCAGAAUGCCCGCACCUACAACGAGGAUGGCAGUGUCCUGUUCCAAGAUGCCAAUGACAUCGAAAACAAGUGCCUGUCGGAACUCAGAAGACUUACGGAGCCCCACCCUGAGCUCGCCAGCUUUGAGGAUCAAUAUACAGGUGGCGAUGCCUCGACUGAGUUUGCCUCCGGUGCCGACACUCCUUUGACAGCUGGAACCCCAGGCCAGCCAAAGCUCAAGCUUACCUUCAGCAACCCCAACCGAGACAGCCCCAACAAUGGAGCUGAUUACAGCUUUGAACAAUGA